AUGGAUCCAAGCGCGGAUACCCCCUUGUUUAUUGCGCAGGAGACUCUCUGCUUCUAUCCAAUCAGUACAAUAUACAACUCAUGUCCACGUUAUCUCUUCUAUGCGCUUCUGCUGGCAACUUGUGUCACUCGAUGGACAGGAUGGGUCAUGGACGUAUUCCUAGGAACUGCAGCGGCAUACGCAGGAACUGCGGCAAUUCACGCCUUCAUUCUGGUCUCUAGUCACCAACCACUGCAAGACCCUGGGAAUGUCGCUAUUCCGUACCUGUCCGCUAACUCCAGUCUGCGAAAUUACUUUCCUUCCUUGGUAACUGAAACAGACCAUGUUAUGAUCUCGCCCGCAUCACUUGAGCUUGACGCAGAUGCUGUUCUUGCCAUCGUUGUCACUGGUUAUCUCGUCUUCCUGCCCCUCCAAUGCUGGUCCCGCAUCUUAACCCACGAUCGAGCACGGAACCUUCUCUUUUAUCUUUGGCAUGCCCUCAUGUUGGCUGGAUCUGUAUGUGCCCUCGUCUAUGCCUCGAGAGUACCGAAAACACCACCCCAGUACAUGUUUUGCUUCCCUGAUCUCGCGCCGCCCAGCGACACAUCAAAUGACGGCUGGCAAGCCUCAUGGAGAACAUCCACUUGGAACGAGAGUGUGUGGGAUACAUUUUCGAACAUAUCGCUAUGGAAUAAACUAGGGGAUAUCUGCUUCAACCCAUGUUUUAAUUCAACGCAAAUUUUACGAAAACCAGGCUCAUUGCAUUCAGCCACCUCAGGCGGAGACUUUGAAGUCACUACCACCCAUGGCUUCUGGGAAAAGGUCCUUUACUCGCAUCGAUACAUCUACAGUCUCAUUAUCCUCUGUCUGAUUCUUAAUGGCCUCCUCUUGACUUAUCGAUUCCUACCUUACCGAUCACGGAUUCCAUCAGCGCAGAUCGUGGUCAUCUGGAAAGAACGAAAGACUAUUUGGAAAAGCUUCAAAGAUGAAAUUCGUGGUGCCAUGAGGCCACUAAGCAGCUCGGGUGACGGGUUGCUUAGUGGCAGUGAGGAAGAACCAGGACUGACAAACGAGAAGACCGCUGUCUGGCGCCGAAUGCGAUACAUACUCAGCCGCCAGUUCCUCAAGUCGUCUCUCCAUGUGCUUGUUGACGCUGCAAUCCUUUUCGGAAUACUCUUCAGCAUGAUAGUCAGUCCGUUCACCAUAGUUGCCUUCGUCGUUUGGAUAGAGAUCCAAAUCGCCAACGAUGGACCAUCAGAGGAAACUCCCAGGCAGGUUGGUCAGUGGGCGUACGCUACGUCACUAGCACUGCUUGUGAUUUCGGCCGCGAUUUUGAAGCUCAAAUAUCGACUCGCUUCAUCGGUCGAGCUGGAGCGUGAGAUUUCUGAAUUGAAACAACACCUGGGGAACUUAGAGAAAAUGAAGGAGGCACGAUCGGAGUCUUGGUCGGCUGACCUGCCGACUAGCAAAUGA